UGAUCGGAUUAUUCGGUUAUAAUAACGGCGGCCAGUCCUUGACUCUUUACAAGGAUGAACAACUAUGUGCUAGAGCAGCCUGAGCCUCUAUUAUAUGGCACGCCCUCGAUAACAAUCAGAAAAAGUAUUUCUAGGAAUGGUGGACAACCAUUUGAAGACUCCGAUGUUCUCGUGCUUUCCUCCCGGUCCACAAGUGACACGCAUUCCAAAGAUUCCACCCAACUGUACCUCGACUUACGUCUCUCAAAGCCUUUACUACCGGAUAGCACCAUUAUGUGGGGCUUUGCUGGAAUCCGUGUUACACUUUCAUCCACUCCUCUGCGUUUCCGAUGGAAUCAUUAUAUUGAUUCCCAAGGACGAAAUGGUCCUCCUGAUGAAGGCACUAUGACCUCAUGUGAUGGGGAAGAAGUAGAAACUGGAAUCGGGGUAAACCCCCAGACAGGAGAACAGGAGCAGUAUGAAGAACGCUGGAUUGAUCAACCUGUCACACCAGCCACACCGUUCGCAUUCCUCACUUCCUCUCGCGAACCAAGCGAAUCGACUGGGUUUAUUGCUAUUCUGGGAGAUCAUGCGCUUGCAAUGCGCCAGAACCAUUCUCCGAAUGACACUGAAUUUCAAGCAGUGCGCAUGCGCGUCCCGACUUCAUCGUCGUCCGAAGUUCUGUUCAAGCAGAAUGCAGAUACCCUCAUUCCACUAUUAGAAUCUGCGCUCUCUGAGGUUGAUAAUUGGAGAGGAUCCCCUUGGCAACGAGGCCAAGAAAUUGCUUUACAAGAAGACCGCUGGACUGUGUGGGAUGCUGGUAUGACAGGGGGGGAAUAACUGCUUAAUUUAAAUCAGCUGCGAUGCAUUUAUAACCUAUGUUAACCGCGCUGCUUAGCGCCUCUUAGCGCUUGAUCUCUACUCGCCAAAUAUGAGGCAGUUGGGAAUAUGUCAAAUGCAGGACACUACUUUUCAAUACGGAUGUGGUUAGGUGACAUCAGGAGUGACUGCGCUUUAGUGCCGUCAUUUGGUGCGUCACGGCCGAGGCCUGUUUCUACAUAGUCCCAUACCGACUCCAGGGCGCACAAAACUUAGUCUAAUUUGCACCGAUUGCAGUUGCCAGAAACAUAGUAUUAUUUUAGUCCGUGCGUGGACUUGAAGCUUAAAGUGUUG